GGGCGCCGCUCCCGGCUUGCGCAGCGCCCCGCCGGGAUGCUCGGAACCUCGGGACCGCGAGCGGCUUUUCUGCCGCUGCCCGCGGACGCGCCGUCCCCGCGGGGAGGAUGCGAGAACGGCCGAGGCGAGGAGCCCCCCGCACCCAGCCCUGCUCUCCCCCGGCCCUUCUCGUGGGGGUGGGAGAGGCACGAGAGGCUGAAAGCCUCCGCCGCCUCCUGUUUGCUCGUGCCGUGGGUUGCGUAAAGCGCAUACAGUAUCCCCUCAUAAAGCGGUAUUUACAUCUCUUCUGCCACUUUGACCUCUUGAUGCAAUACCACGUCCUUUGCGUUAUCGAACGGGGCGAGCGUCCGCCCACCGGAGCACUUCGGCGCUCGGUACGGGGCCGCGACGGGCACCUCAGCCCCCCGCUGUCCCCGCGGCUCCGUACGCCCCGUCAGGGCUCCGCCGUCCCCGUCCCCAACGCCGGACAGACACACAGGAGUCCUGCGGACAUCUCCGACGCGGUAUUCCCCGGAUUCAGCUGCGAGUUGAGGCGCCUGAGGAGCCGCUUCCCAACACGAGGGCCAACGCUCACUCGUGCUGCCCGAUUCUGGGUGGCGGUCACGAAUUCCAGAGGCUCCUGGGCCAAACCAGAUCGAAUGCAGCAUCCAAAUCACUCAGUGCUUACACUGAGUUCUCCGGAUUUUUCUCUUAGUCCUUAUCUUAAGACGUAAUACCCAAGAAUAAACAAACAGCAGUUCAGGUGUGGAUUCUUGCUGGUGCUGCUCACAGCUUCUCCUGCCAGCACAGGGACUGACCGACAGAGUGCUGCUUUGAGUGAAGCACCUGGCUAGUUACUACUUGUGAUUCCAAACAUUAUUCCCUAUCUUCACUGCUUUAACAAGCCUUACUAAUCUGUUAUUGUAGGUAUGGCAGGAAGAAUAUGAUAAGCGUAUGCUUUGAACAACAGUGCCAUAGCAAUACUGAAGAGACUACUUUAAUUCUUUGCUCCUUGUGUUAGUUGGCUGCUCUCAUUUUGGAAGGCCAAGCAUUCUUCCAGCUCACCCUGUAUUAUAUACAUCAAUUAUGUUUAACUCAGUUUAUUAGACACACCUUUUUAUAGCAUUGGACUUCAGAUACCACCACCAGAGUGCUGACAAAGGUUUCAUUUCAAAAUAUGUUUUGAUUUUUGCCGCACAACUUGUUUACAAAGGUGUUUCACAGGGCUGGAUUCCCUAAUAGGAGCAUUUGCCAGGAACAGGGAACAAAACCUUCCAGUGUUCCCGCUGAGUGUUUGUUUUCAGGUUACCAUCUCAGAGCAGGAGAUAUUACUUAACAAAACAAAUACAAUGUGAUCUUCCUAACUCCUCCCCACUCCUCUGCUUCCCUCAAUUACAAGCUGAGUCAUCGGCAGAGAGAAUAAUCGUCGGUGCACUUCUUAAAAAACAGAAAGGCAAGUCAUUGCCAAUUGCUUUAUUCGAAGUUCCUUACGGCUGCUUUGUGUCUGCUUAUGUGGCAUUUUCCAUUUAAAAGCUUUUUUUUUUUUCCUUGAGCCAGUCCCUGGGAUAUUAUCAACAGCAAACAGUGUUCAUAAACACAUGACUAUGCUCUAAAAUGACUAAAGCAAAUAAAACCAAGUACCUGUUGGCAGGGAAGGAGGAGAAUAUUACUGUGAAAGUCAAGACAACAGUCACAGACAGCACUGACCAACCCGAGGAAGCAGCUGAAAGACUUUCUUCUGCGUUGCUCCAGUUCAUCAUUCCUCUUUGCCUUUCCGAUAGAAAUGCAAUUACUCAUUCUAUCACUUCAGCAACAACUAAAGAAUUAUUGUGUGGUAAACUGUGCAGCCUGAAGUAGUACCUAGGAUCCUUGUAACUGAAAUACAGGUUAUCCAAAUGUCUAGUUUUUGGUCCCAAUCCGACAAUAGUGGGAUAACGGGUCAGUUGAACUUCUUUACUUCCAGCUGCCAAUGGACAACUACGUUUUUUCAUCCCUCUCAACCUGAGAUCAGAGUGAGCACCCCACCUUUGCCAGCAGAACUAACACUGACUGAGGAAGAGGUGACGACCCACAGCAUCUCUCUAUCUGUGAUUACUCUUCACUGCCAAAAGCACUAUCCUGUAGCUGCUCCACCACUUAUGACAGGGGAGUAGCUUUGCACAAGCAGGAAAGCCUGGGCUCCAUAGUACAGUGUGGUAGAAAGAUAAGAAAGCGGGCAAGCAAUGGUACCUCCACUUGUAAAUCUGCAUUUGUGCUGUUCUGUAGAGAUGCCUCUAGAUAUUUUGUUUCUACAUAAACUAAAAGCAUCUUCAAUGCAGACACUGUCUAGUUAAAUAGAGGCCCCUCUGUUUAAACUUGGUUCAGUUCAGACUUUAUACUUGUGUAACUCAUAUAGCUUGCUACACAGACUACAAAACAGCUACUUGAAGCUGUUUGCACAGAGAAAGCUUUCCUCUUUGAGUUUUGUCCUGUCGACUCGCAUUCUGAAUAGCUGUUCCUCUAUUAUUCUUCCUGGCAUUUGCUUCUUUUGUAUGUUAACAGCAAAGGAUUCCAGUAGGAGCUUUAACUCCACAGUGCACAUGGAAAUAAGGACUAAAUUGUUACUUGAGAAGUCUCUGGGCAAUUUAAGGGUUAGUUCUUAAAAAGAGAAAGCAGCGAAAAAGGAGACAUUAAUUUCUGCCUUUUCAGUAAUGUGCUCAGGAUUAGGCCAGUGUAAGUCUCAAGUUAGAAUGCAGUUCUCAAGCAGGAUAAGGUCCAUUGCUCAGGAGCGCAGAUGAGGCAUGCUGUACUUAGACCUCAUAAAUGUUGUUGACCUGUGAUCUGUAUUGGUUGAAAUGGAAAAUUAAAGUUUCCAUCUAAGUUCAGUCUGUUCAGCUGGAAAUCUUUAUGCAAAAUCCCUUAUUCAAAUACUUUCCUUAAAUCUAUGUAUUUUAUCAUUUUGAAAAAGCAUUGUGCUUCAAAAGUGAAAAACUUAUUUCUCUUCCCCUUUGCUGAUGGGGAUAGCCAGCUGAUGCUACAGAACUUUCAGCCAUUUUCUUGGUGUUGCUGGAAAUUUUACAAAGCAAGCUCAAGCACAAGCCCAUUUUACUAAAUGAUUAUUCUUUCAAUAGAACUCCAACAAGUAGAAUCUUUCAUCUAUCACUUGUUUUUGAGACUUGCUGACAGAUGGCCAACAUAUCAAGUAUUGACUUGAAUUACAUUUCAGACAAGAAAUUUUAGCCUGAGCAUGAAGGCCAUGCAAGAAUAAUGUAAUCUCAGGACUGAGCCCUUCUCUCUACAUAAUGAGUAAUAACAAGCUUUAUCUUUAGACAGGCAGCAAACAUACCUGAUUUGUUAUUUUGCAUUAGUGCUAAUUUUAACUGACCUUGUUAUGGAAAAUACUUUCCUAUCUCUCUCACUUAAACUCUCCUGUUCUCUAAUUUCCUGCUUAGGUUUUACAUAACUCAUUCGAUGUCAAGUUCAGUGGGCUUAAACGUCCUUAUAAAGUACAUGCAUAUUAAAUAACAUUUCAGGAUCCACAAGUCAACUCAUGUAAUACUGGAAACUAAACUGGCUUAGUGCAAGUCACUACAACAUUAGGUCUCUGUUCAAAACAUCCAAGUUAUUGAGACAGAAAAGCAGGGGCAGAGGUGAUAUGCAGACACAUGUUGAUAGCAUGUAGAAAGUUCUUUCAGAUCAGCGUAGGUGGAUUUCAUAUUCCCCCACUGGGUCUGGAACUACUUGCAUGUUGUGGCAAUGUACGGUAGAUAUUUAAGUCUGCUUUGUUUCUGUUUUUAAUAAACUAAUUUUUCAGGCUUUUAAA